AUGACGACGAUCGACCAGCCUCGGACGAUCUACCAAAAGAUCUUUGAUGCUCAUCUCAUCUCGGAAGAGGAGGAUGGCACAUGUUUGAUCUAUAUCGACCGCCAUCUCGUCCACGAGGUGACGUCGCCCCAAGCGUUUGAGGGCCUCCGCAUGGCCGGGCGCCCAGUGCGCCGCACGGAGUGCACUCUGGCGACGGUGGACCACAACAUCCCGACGGUCAGCCGCAAAGACUUUCAAAACACUGAGACAUUCGUGCAAGAGGCCGAUUCGCGCCUGCAGUGCAUAACACUUGAACAGAACGUGAAGGAGUUUGGCCUCACGUUCUUUGGCCUGACCGAUAGCCGCCAGGGUAUCGUGCACGUUAUCGGUCCUGAGCAGGGCUUCACCGUGCCGGGCGCCACACUUGUUUGCGGUGAUUCGCACACAUCAACACACGGCGCCUUUGGCGUGCUCGCCUUUGGCAUUGGCACGUCCGAGGUCGAGCAUGUGCUUGCGACACAGACCCUCAUCCAGAAGCGCAUGAAGAACAUCCUUAUCGAGGUCAACGGCGACUUGCCCGAGGGUGUCACCAGCAAGGACGUCAUGCUCCAUGUCAUCGGCCUGAUUGGCACGGACGGUGGCACCGGUGGUGUCCUCGAGUUCGCCGGGUCAACGAUCCGCGGCCUGUCGAUGGAAGCGCGCAUGAGCAUGUGCAACAUGAGCAUCGAGGCAGGUGCGCGUGCAGGUCUGGUUGCCCCCGAUGAGAAGACGCUCGAGUAUCUCAAGGGCCGCCCGCUCGUGCCGCAGGGCGACGAGUGGGAUCGUGCCGCUAAGCACUGGCUCUCGCUCGCUAGCGACGAGGGUGCGCAGUACGACAAGGUCGUGCGCAUUGAUGCCAAGGACAUUCCACCAACGGUGACAUGGGGCACCAGCCCCCAGGACACGGUGCCGAUCAAUGGCACCGUACCGGACCCCAAGAAUGCGCCGUCGCCGGAACUGGCCAACGAGUGGGCGCACUCCCUGCGAUACAUGGGCCUCGAGCCGAAUACGCCUGUGGAGCAGAUCCGAAUCGACAAGGUGUUCAUUGGCUCGUGCACUAACUCGCGUAUUGAGGACUUGCGCGCUGCGGCCCGCGUGCUGUACGGCCGCCGCGUCGCACCGCAUGUGCAGGCUAUGCUGGUGCCUGGUUCAGGCCUCGUGAAAAAGCAAGCUGAGGCCGAGGGCCUCGAUACCGUCUUCAAGGCAGCCGGCUUCGACUGGCGCGAAGCGGGAUGCUCUAUGUGCCUGGGUAUGAACCCUGACCAGCUGUCGCCCGGUGAACGCUGCGCGUCGACCUCGAACCGCAACUUUGAGGGCCGCCAAGGUGCGGGCGGUCGCACUCACUUAAUGAGCCCGGCCAUGGCCGCUGCUGCGGCUGUCACCGGCUACCUGACGGACGUGCGCAAGCUGACCGCAGGUGAGCUGCCUGGCUUUGCGGCGGCGCCGGCUGGAUUCGAAAUCCACACGCAGGACCCCCGUCAGUUUGUGAGCGACGGUGCGCUGCAUGCGCCGGCCGUGUCGGCACCGCCCGCCCAGACGGCACCCCGUGCUUCCGCUACAACUGCGACCGGCGCAUCACCGCAGGGCAUGGAGCCGUUCCGUGUGCUGAAGGGUAUCGCUGCGCCGAUGGAGCGCUCGAACGUGAACACAGACGUGAUUAUUCCAAAGCAAUUCCUCAAAACGAUCAAGCGCACAGGACUUGGCUCCGCGCUCUUUUGGCCGCUGCGCUAUGAUGUGCAGACAGGUGAGCCGCUCAAGGACUUUGUACUCAACCGGGCGCCCUACGACCACGCACAGAUUCUCGUGGUGGCUGGUAGCAACUUUGGAUGUGGCUCGUCGCGUGAACACGCGCCGUGGUCGCUGCUGGACUUUGGAAUUCGCGCUGUAAUUGCUGAGAGCUUUGCGGAUAUUUUCCGCAAUAAUAUGACGAAAAACGGUCAGCUGCCUGUGGUGCUUAAGCCAGAGGAGAUCCAGUAUGUCCUCCGCGACGCCCAGGCGGGCAAGGAGGUCACAGUGGACCUCGAGCAGCAGAAGGUCAUUUGUGCUGACGGCACAUCGUUCAGCUUUGAAGUGGCUCCGUUCACGCGCCACUGUCUGCUGGAGGGCCUCGAUGACAUUGCGCUCACACUGCAGAAGGACAACGAGAUCCGUGCGUUCGAACAGAACCGUACUGAUACGCCGUGGCUGAAUGGCGUCGUGUACGGGAAAGGCAUCUCGGCAGCCGAAGCGCGCCUGAAGAAGGCGACCAUAGAUUGGUAA